UUGUGUACAUAAUCAAACUCAGGAUUUAAUAGGAAGGUUGGCAUUUGGGUUGGGUUAAGGUACAAGUCAUAAAUUCAUGAUACAACUCAUACAAGGGAUAUAUGUUGAAAUAAAUAAAAAAAGAAAAAUAAAAAAGAAAAAGGAAGACGGAAAGGUUGCUUGAUUGAAACACAGUUUCUGUUUCUGUUUCUGCAAAUCAAUCAAUUCAAUCUUUCUCUCUCCUUCCAUUAGCUGCUACAAACAAGAAUAAGAAGAAGAAGAAGAAGAAGAAGAAGAAGAAGAAGAAGAAGAAGAAGAUGGUAUUAUCACAGAAGAUUCACGAAGCAUUCAAAGGUACAGUCGAGCGUAUUACUGGGCCCCGCACUGUUUCCGCUUUCAAAGAGAAAGGCGUUCUCAGUGUCUUCGAAUUCAUCCGUGCCGGCGAUAAUCUCGUCUCCAAAUGCCCUACUUGGUCUUGGGAAUCAGGUGAACCCAGCAAGAGGAAGCAUUACUUGCCUCCUGAAAAACAAUUUUUAAUAACUCGAAGUGUUCCUUGUCUUCGUCGGGCUGCAUCUGUGGAGGAAGAAUAUGAAGCUGCCGGGGGGGAAAUUCUGCUUGAUGAUGAAGAUAAUGAUGGUUGGUUAGCUACUCACGGAAGACCAAAAGAACCUAAGCCCGAUGAGGAGGAAAACUUGCCCUCAAUGGAGUCAUUAGAAAUCACAGAAAACAAACCUAUACAGUCUAUAUCUUCAUAUUUUGGAGGUGAAGAGGACGAUGAUAUUCCUGAGAUGACAGAGUAUGAAGGACAAGAUAAUGUCAUUGAAGCAGAUCCAGCUACUCUUCAGACCACAUAUCUAGUUGCUGAAGAACCUGAUGAAGAAAAUAUACUACGAACUCGUACAUACGAUGUCAGCAUUACGUAUGACAAGUAUUAUCAAACUCCUCGUGUAUGGCUAACUGGAUAUGAUGAGUCAAGGAUGCUUUUGCAACCAGAGCUUGUGCUUGAAGAUGUUAGUCAAGACCAUGCUCGCAAAACGGUGACUAUAGAAGAUCAUCCUCAUUUACCUGGAAAGCAUGCUUCUGUGCAUCCAUGCAAACAUGGUGCAGUGAUGAAGAAAAUUAUUGAUGUUUUGAUGUCACGUGGGGUUGAGCCAGAAGUUGACAAGUACCUCUUCUUAUUCUUAAAAUUUAUGGCAUCAGUAAUUCCUACUAUUGAAUAUGAUUACACAAUGGAUUUCGACAUGGGAAGCAGCAGUUGAUCACAGGUUACUGGAGUCUAGCAUUAAUUUUUUACUUUUAUUAAAAAAGCUACUGAAGGUUACAAGAUCAAAGAAAUCUGUGUGUCACCAGUAAAUUCCGUUCUCAUCCAUCCGUAGAAAUAUAGCGGGGGUGAGGUUGGGGAAACCCCUGCUCUUCUGUACAUUACUACAUCAGUGCUAUAAUAAUGCUCUUUAAUCUAAGUUUGCUAUUGUUGGGUAUUACUUCUUGUACAGUUUUAUGUAGUCUAUCAGAAAUUUUAUGUGCUACUAGUAAACUGGAAUGACUUCUGUCGGGUGUUCAUUAUUCAUUUCAGAGUUCUGAAACAUGAUAUUCUGCUUUUCUGUUUAGUUUGUACAGUAAUUAUUAAUAGCAAAUGCUUGCUGAUAAUCUCGUCCAAGAUUGGAGAUAAAUGUUUUUACCAUCACUUUCUGAAUAAUGAGAUGUUUGAUCCCCUUUCUUAA